AUGCGCGGCGCCGCUCUCUCGUCGCCGUCGCAAACGCUGCUUCUGCUCCUCGUCCUCCUCCUCGCAUCCUCGACGCCCGCCGUCGUCGCCGACGGCACCGUGUGGGCCACCCCCCAUGACAGCUACUCGUCGUCCGUGGGCGUGCUCGGCUGCAAGAUCAAUACCGACCGUGUCGCCUACUGGCCCGGAUCCGUCGACUGCAAUAACCUCUGCAUCUCCCUCAGCUACGACGACGGCAAAACCAACAAGCGCACCGUGAAGCUCCUACGCAUCGACCAGUCUCAGGGCGCCUACGACGUCAGCUACGACGCCUGGAACUAUCUCUACACCGGCAACUCGGCCAAGGAGUUGCCCGUCGCCGGCGGCCCGCUCGCCAUGGAAUACGCCGAGCUGCCCGCUGACGAAUGCCGAUCGCUGCUCCGGACCAAAGACAAGAAGCUGGCCCUCAGCGCCUCCAACAGCAUGAACUUCCUCGCCAGCUGCCUCGCUCAGCCCGACAGCUGGGUCGCCAAGAACUACGUACUCUAUAACAUGCUCGACUCCAUCUGCUCCUGGGGCUACGACGAGGUGUGCAAGCUCGACUGGCCGGCGGCGAACCAGCCCACCUGCAAGCACUCGCUAGGCAUGCCGGUCGCGCUCAAGGACGACCCCGUAUACAACGUUCAGUACCCUAGCGGCGACGUCGUCGUUGCGUCCACCGGCGAAAAGGUGUCAUCUCCCGGCCAGAGCACGAGCCCGGCCCCGCAG